AUGGAGGGCAGUGAACAAGCUGCAAAGGAAAAGAGGCAAAGUUGUGAGAAAGAGAAAAGUAUGGAAUUGUUUGAUGAUGAUGAACAUAAAAAUGCAGUUAUUCUAUGUGAGCAUGAAGAUAUUCAUCAAAACACUCAAGGGAACUCGCACAAACAUAACGGGAAUGGGAAGGAUAUGAAUGAGGUGGUUAACAGGUUUGAAAAAAAUAUACUAUCGAAUUGUACGAGUAAUUAUGAUAGCAUUGAGGCACAUGACAACAUGAUAAAUGGUAUUUUACUGCAGAAUGACAAUUGUGGAAAAGCUGAAACAUCUUGCUGCUACCAUACUGAUAAGCACGUUGAUUUAAGUAAGAACAACAGAAACAAUUAUAAUACGAAGGUGGAUAAAAUACAUCCACUUGAGGCGGAAAAUGAUAGUGAUAAUAAGAAUCAUUAUACAAUUGAAAAAAAAGAGAAAAAAGGAAAUAGUAAUAUAUUUUAUAAAGAGCAUAAAAGAUAUGAGUUAAACCAUAAAUGUAAUAACAAAUACAGUAGCAAUAAUAGUAUUACUAGUAAUUUAAGCUUUAAAAAGAAAAAGGACUCUGGAGAUAGUGAUGAUUUAUCAUCAUCAACUGGAUAUAAUAAAAAUUAUAACAAGGAUAAAAAGGACAAAUUAAAAGAUAAAAAUAUAAGAAAUUCUAGUUAUUCAAAUUUUAAAGAUAAAAGAACUAGUUCAUCUCGAAGUUCCAGUUGUGACUUCAUUAAAUCGAGUAGUAGAAAUUCCGUAAAAAAAUUAAAUGAAAAUGAACAAAAAAAAAAAAAAUUACGAAAAAGAAGUUACGAUAGGAAUAGCUUUGAUAGAAAUAGCUACGAUAGGAAAAAAAGACACGAGAAAAGAAGGAACGAGAAUAAAAUCCACGAAAAGAAAUACUUAAAUAAAUGCAAAUAUAAAUACAAGGAAGAAUAUGAUAAGGGGGGAGGAAGCGGAGGAGAAGAUUUAAAAAGUCCACACUAUACCAAGGACUUAGAUUAUUAUAAAAAAAAAAAAGAAUUUCAAAAAAGAAAAGUGAACCUCCGGAACGAGAAAAAAUAUCAGCAACAGUGCAACCAUGGUAGUGAUAAUGACGAUAACGAUUACGGCGAUGAUAAUAAUGAUAAGGAUGAUGAUCACUAUGACGAACAUUUGGGGGAAAGGGUGGUUAAUGGUGGUGUUAAUAAACGAAAGAGCAAGAAUUUCGCAGUUUCACCGACGGAUAAGGUUAAUGUAAAAGAGGAGCAGUAUUCGGGCACAUCGUCCCUAGAAACAAGUGAGCAUCGAAGCAGAGCUUAUAAAAAAUAUAAAGGUAAAAAAGUAGACUGUAGUUAUUAUUACACAGAUGGGGAAAAAGAAGGGGGAAUUUACAAUUCCUGCGAGGACGUUGAAAAGUGUAAAGGUUAUCCAUAUGGGAAAAAAAUAUUACGAAAGAGAACAAAGAGAAGCAUGAGUAGGAGUGGGAGUAGGGGAAGGAGUAGGAGCAGUCAUGUGUAUGAUAAAAAUAAGGCGGAUGAUCUAGAGGAGGAACAACUUGAAUUACGUAAGCAUAAGAAAAAAAGGAUUUCCACUGAUGAGGGAAAUAUAUCUUGUGAACGAAAGAACAUAAGCGAAGAAGGUCAACACAUAGGGCAAAGAAAUGAAAUGCAAGGAAGUGGGAAACAUUUACCAGAUGAGGAAGCGGUGCACGAAGGGGAUUUUAAGGAAUUGGGACCCAUAGACAGUAAUAACGAAGUAGCGCAUGAAGAGGUCAACUUAAUGAUUAAAAAAUUAUUAGUACAAGAUAAAGAUAAAGAGAAGGAGAAUGAGAAGGAUAAGAAGGCGAAUGAACAAUCGUUGAUUGCGCGGAAGGCACAAAAAAGGGAAUGCAGUUAUACUAAUAAGGAAAAAAAUAUAAAAUAUGAAAAAUAUUCAACUUGUGAUAAGCAUACAAAAGGGUACAAAAAUGGAGGAAGCAAAAAGGGGUAUUGCGAAAAAUACGAUGAUAAGGAUAAUAGGAGUUACACUACAUUUAACGAAUACUGUGAGGUGGAAAAUAACGAGGAAAAAAAUUGCAAUAAAUAUAAAAAAAUUUAUAACGACGAAAAUAAUUAUAACAUACAGCGUUAUUGUAGUAGUAAGAACUACGAUCAUAGCGAAGGGGGAAACGACAAAAAUGGGGGCUUACCAAAUGGGAGGUGCACAAAUGAACUUUGGUUAAAUAAGAAAUACGAAGGUGAGUACAAAAUUGGUAGUUAUGAUAAUAUGCAUGAAUACUAUAGUGACUACACCAGUGACGAUUUGGAAGAAAAAAAAAAAAAAAAAAAGAGAGAAAUUCAAUAUGCUCAGAUCGAGCCAAUUGUAGAUAUUGAAGUAGGUCCUGAAGUGGAAUUUACCAAUUGGACAAAAUAUGAAUCGAAUUGUUCUGAUAAAGAACAUUUUUCAAUUAAUUUAAAGUUUAGAAAUAGUUCGUUAAGGAAAUUUGUUUUAAAUAACGAAUUUGAAUAUAAAAAAAUUAAUAGCAGUUAUGAAAAGGAUAAUGAUGUAUUAUAUGUAAAGAAAAAUAGUAUAAAGGGCCUUUCUCCUGAUGCAAAAAAGUACAGUAAUAAGUUCAAUGCUCCAAGUAGUAUUUAUAAUAGUGAAAACAAAAAAGAGGACGAUGGUGGUCAGAGGGCAAAGCUUGAACCUUGUUAUACGCCAAAUAAUGAUAAUGGUAAUAAUGGAAAUAGUGGUAAUAGCUACUGCAAUAAUUGCAGUGAUACAGGAGGAAAAAAAAGAAGGGGAUCACGCAGUAAACACUCGUCACCUCCUAACGAUUUGAACGCACAUACAUAUGGCAGUAAUAAUAUAAAUAACUAUAUUAAAUGUAAUGGCUCUGUUAGGAAAGGUACUGGAACGGAUAGUGCGUACAUGAACAUAAAUAAACACAACGAAGAUUAUUCCUCUCCGAAUAAGGUGCCAUGUAAGGAAGAAAAAUGUUGUACAAAUAAUAUGGGUAAAGAAGAAAGAGUAGGAAAUGAAAGAAAGAAAGGCAAUACAACUUCUAAGAAGAACAAAGUGAGCGGUGGUAGUAGCAGUGUCGGCCGCAGUGAUGGUAGUAGGGGUAGCAAUGUUGAUAGUAGUAGUGGUAAUAAUAAUAACAGUGCUACGACUUUGAGGAUGGGUCUAGCACAUGAUGAUGCAUGUAGCUUAGACAGUGAGAAGUUUCGUAUGUAUGAAAAAAAAAAUGAUCCUUAUUCAAAAAAUAAAGAAGAGAGUAAUAUGCACAAGAUGCCACAGGGAUAUUGUAAAAAAUUACAAGGAAGAGCGAUAGAAAUGAAAAAGGAAGAACAGGAGGAGAUUGAACAACAGCAGCACAAGCAGAAACAGGGGGAGCGAGAUCGAAACUAUCAUUUAGAUGAAAAAAAGGAAGAUGAUUAUUUAAAAAAUAAAAGAAGCUCAAUGGAGGAUGAUAUACAUUCGUUGGUACCAAAUAAUACAACAUAUGCUCCUGUGAAUAACAUAACAAGCAUUACCAGUUGUAUGAAAGAGUUUGAAAAUUUACCUGAAUAUAUAAAGAACAUAAUAAACAACAUGAACAGCUCAUAUGAAAUGAAUGAAGAUAUUGAUAUGCUAAAUUUAAAUAGUGUGAAAUCUUUUCGUAUACCCAAGUUUUCCAUUUUAGCUGAUCAUAUAACGAAUACUAAUAACUUUUUAAAAUUUUUUGAAAAAAGAAAAGUAGCAAAGAAAAAAUGGAAAAAUAUAACAAGAAAUAUUCUACGACAGGAGUUUGAAAUUUUGUCCUUUUCAGUUAGUUACCAUGUGAAUGAAGCUAAAAUUGAUUACAUAACGAAUUCACUCAAAUUAAUUUAG